AGCAGUGCCUAGGGUCUUCUUCGCCUUAAACUUACCAGACUGCCAUUAACGCGAUCAGAACAAAUUUUAGAGGCAGUAUGAUGCAUUGGGCUUCAGCAGUUUUAGUUUUGCACUUUACAGAUUUCUGCAUUUGCUCGCCGCUACUUCCCAUGCAUACAAAUCAUUGGGAGCAUCAAAGAGGCCCACGGCAGCAACAAAUGGAUAAUCUUCAAGAUAAAGACAACCGCCGUUUAGGUGACUCAUCUUUUCUUAUUGCGUGUCUUGGUAAUUCGGAAAAUGAAAUCGAGAAAGCAGCAGAACUAUGCGGAAGAGACUUGAAGUGUUUGGAAAAUCACUUGAGCAAAGUCAUUUUCUUAUGUUUGUCAAAGAGAGACAUGUCUGAAGUACAAGAAUUAAAACUCGAGACAGUACUUAACAAUGAGAACAGUUUCCUUCCCUGCAUGUUUCAAUGCCUCGGCAAAUCAUUACCUGAGAUCUUCAUCAUAUGGGGUGAAUGCAGAGAAAACAUCAGCUGUUGGGCCCAGAAGAUUGGUGGAAUAGUCAGAGAUUGUUUAUCCGAGUGCAAUAGAGGUGUUGAGAAUGACGAACCAAAUGAUUCGCUUGGCUUUUAUUCUAGGCGCCCUGACGAUGAAACUUUAGGUCCAAAAGUUGAGGCACAGCGGGAAGAUAUUAUUGAUCUUGUUGCGGGUAUUAAAAAGGUGGAUUUGAAAUUCAUUAAGUGCGUGGCGUCGUGUCUGAAGACUAAUGUUUUUCACAUAUGGAACAUAUUCCGCAAGUGCAAGUACGACUUUCAUUGUUACGUCAUAGAGCUCGGCAAGGAAGCGCUGUCCUGUGUGGAAAGCUGUAUAGCCGAAGUUGGUCUGGCCCCAGGGAGGUUAACCUGGAGUCCAGGACCCGUGACAGAAGCAAAGAUUACAUUAGUGCGGAUGCGGAGACUGUUCAAAUUGAUCAGACCCUCAGACUAGGAAAGUUUAAAAUGUGUUAUGAUUUUUUCUUUUUUACUGAAACUUUUAAUUAUGCCUAUAUUCACCUGCGCCUAUGGCGACUUUAUGCCUAAAAACAACUUUUAUAGUCCUCCAAAAAGAUUGAGGACGUAAUGAUCAGAUCUUAUGCUUUUUAAAUACAAUUUUCAAUCUUCAAUUAACUCUUACCUGGUUUAGUUAGUUGAAGAUUAUUGUUGUUACGAUGCUCGAGCGGGAGAUUGACACAGAGAAAUUAGGCCUACAAAAUGUAAAAAAGACGAA